AUGGGUAAAAGAUCAGGUAUCUUAAAAAUUAUUCAAUCCGUACACAAAAGGAGAGCACUAUCAAAAGAUACAAAUAAUACAGAUGAUGUUCAGACUACAAUAAUUAAAAUUGAAAAAAAUAAAAGAAUACCUAGAGACUUAGUUCAACCAUUUUUUGAUGAUACUGGAAAAAGGAAAUUGGAUAAUGAAAUGUUUAAUGGAUUAUUGUAUGAUAAAUCUGGUUUCAUUUAUCAGGAAGAAUAUAUUGUACCAGAUCCACGUUCAGAUUAUCUUAAAUUCAGUGCGUUUAAAUUCAUGGAUUUGACUACAUAUUUAUAUAAAGAUAAUAUUAAACCAUUGAAAAAAACUGGUGAUGUACAAGUUGAAACUGGUGAUGUACAAGUUGAAACUGGUGAUGUGCAAGUUGGAGCUGGUGAUGUGCAAGUGGAAACUGGUGAUGUGCAAGAGGAAAAGCUUACAUCAAGUACCAAACAAGGAAUAUCAAACAAUAUGACAUUAUUAACUGCAAAUGGUUUUGUCAAAAUAAAAGAUAUAAACUUUAAUGAAACAAAAAUUGCUGUGUACAAUAAAGAUACAAAAUCAUUUGACUAUAAGUUUGUAAAAGCUGUUCAACGUCAUUCAGGUGAAGCUAAUACAAUAAGAAAUUAUAAUGGUGUUAUAUUGGGUUCAAAACAAAAAACAAUACUCCGUACUAAGGAAAAUUCAAAAUAUAGCGAUUGGUAUGUUGGAGUUCCAUCACAACAAGAAUUUAAUCAAUUUCAGUUGUUACAUUAUUUGCAAGCUGGAUAUAAAAAUCAAAAUCGUGAAACAAUUAAUCUCAUUAGAGGAUUUAUGGGAAUAGAUACAAUCGAAAAAUUUCAUUAUUUCAUGAUAGUGCUAGGAUUUUGGAUUGGGGAUGGUUCCCUUAAGAUUGAUCAGACCAGUAAUUGUGAAUCGGUUUGGUUUUCACAAAUUAAAGAAGAUGAUAUAUUGUUAUUAGAAUACUGCUUCAAGAAAUUGAAUUUACAGAUGAAUACAGAAUGGCGGAAAAGUUACAGAAUAAAGAAGCAUGAAGCAAAAUAUAAAUCACAAGUUUUUUAUGCUGAAACUGUAGUUUAUGAAAUGCAUAUAACUAAAGUUUCAUGGCGUGUCAUGUUCGUUAAAUGGUUUGGCUGUAAAUAUAAAAACAGUCAAAACAAUGACGGACUAGAAUAUUUCACUUCUGCUAAACCUACUAAGUUCUUGGAAUGGUUCAAUGAAUUAACAAGAUUAGAAAUUAUUUUGCUAACUUAUGGGUAUAACGCUGCUGAUGGAGUAGCUGCUAAAUUUAAUCAAAUUUAUACCGUCAGCACAGAAAUGAAACAGUUUUACUCCAGAAUAUUAAUUCAUGGUGGUUUUGCAACAAAAGCUACAUUACGUCCACAAAUUAAGCAAUAUUCCAUUUUUGCGGCUGCUGGGAUUUGUAGGGGAUUACCAAAGAUUUAUGAAAAGGAAUACAAUGAAUUAAGUGAAGAACAAAAAAAACCCUAUAAAGAAGUUGUACCUAAUGGAAAUGACAUUUGGGUUUUAUCAUUUUCUGAUAGUUCAAAUCCAGCUGCUGUUCAGGGUUUGAAAUAUUGUAAAGUUGAAACAUCCAAAAAAAUGACUACAACAGAUGAAAUGGUAAUUUUGGAUGUCGACGGUUUUGCUGUUGUAAGAUGGGAAGAUGAUCAAGGUAACACUGGGUACCCAGUUUUGGUCAAAGGGGUUGAUUUGUAG